AUGAAUCAGAAUGAAGAAGUAAACCAAUUUGCUGAUGUUGUGCUUAAAAUGAGGGAGAGUAAUGUGGGUGAGGUAGAUAUCCCACCAAGCCAAGAUGUCACAGACGGAAGAAAUCGACGGCAACCAGCAAACGAAUAUUAUCAUCUGAAAAAAUCACACGCAGAAGGUAUGAUGGAUCUGAGUCUUCUAACAGCCAACGCCAAUCAACUCAAAUUCAUACUUUAUUACAAUAAGGAUGCUAAAACAUUCUAUCCGGCCCUCGUACUCAUUAUAUUAUCGCUGAUAUUACAAAUUGCUGUUGGCAUUUUGCUCAUUUUUCGAAGACGUUUAAAAUCAAGUGGACAAAGGCAGCGUGCGAGCAUAACAAAUGAAUAUUUAGUGCUCUUGAUAUUUCUGACAACAUUAAUAAACAUAUUGGUGGCAGUUUUUAGCCCCGUUGAGAAUGCUGAAAAGCCACAAUGAUAAAGCGCUGUUUUGCCGAGAGUCGUUAUCAGAUUGAUGCUUAUUUUCUCUCUUUCUUUUUAUGUGAAAGAAAAAAUAUGAAAAAAACAUAAAAAUAAAAUAUAAAUUGAAUUUUUUUCUCAUCUAUUCUCCAUCUUUUUCAUCUUAUUUCAUUCAUUCCAUCUACGCUUACUUACUUACUUAUUUACCCCGCUCUAUUUUUCAAAUUCCUUCUUCCUCCC